AUGCGGCAGAGGUCGGACGCGAUAGGGCUGGUGGUGAUCGACGAGGAGGACAACCCCACGCUGCUGCUGAGGUCGGACGCGAUAGGGCUGGUGGUGAUCGACGAGGAGGACAACGCCACACUGCUGGUGCACCGCAUCUCAGCAGAUGAUAUCUACCAGCGGCAAGAAGACACCAUCAUCUCGUGGACGGACCCCGAGGUAGCAACAGACCUGGCGCUGAGCUUUCAAGAAAGCAUGGGAUGCUCCUACAUAUGCCUCUUGUGCUCAAUCGUCCCUGACCCUUUCAUUUCCCGUUCGCUCCUCUCCCGCUCCUCACCCGCAGGGAGCAAAUAUGCAACGUGCAGCGCCAAGUGCAGGUGUCUCCAGGCACUGAGGGAGGAGGGGCUGGAGCACGUGACGAGAUUGCAAUUCAUGAGGCAUCCCCCGAAAAUGGUGGGUUACUUGAAUGGUGGGUUAUUGAAUGCCCUUGAAGCAGCAACAGACAUGUCUGAAUUACCUGCAGUGGAGUUGAGGAACCUUCCUGUCAUUGCCAAGAUGCUAACAGACGUGCCGUUGUUCCACAAAGACCGAAUCGCCUCACUCGUCCUUAGAGAGGGCUACGUGCCCAAGCUGUUGGACCUGUUCCGUCAGUGCGAGGAUCUGGAGAAUCUCGACGGACUGCACCACCUGUACCGCAUUGCCAAGGGGCUGGUACUGCUCAACGACACCAAUCUGUUCGACCUGCUCUUUGCUGACAACGCCAUUCUGGACCUUGUUGGGGCUCUUGAAUACGGCCCAGACCUCCCUUCGCGCCAGCAGCACCGCAAGUUUCUGCUGGAGCAAGUGGAGUUUCAUGCUCUCUAUGCCCUACGCCCAGACGACCCCGACCUGCCCUCGCAGCAGCAGCACCGCAAGUUCCUGCUGGAGCAGGUGGAGUAUCAUGACCCCGACCUGCCAUCGCGCCAGCAGCACCGCAAGUUUUUGCUAGAGCAAGUGGAGUAUCGCGAGGCCGUGCCCAUCCAGGACCCCAGCCUGCGCUCUAAGAUCCACCAGACAUACCGCUUAGGUUAUAUCAAGGAUGUGAUUUUACCGCGGGUUUUGGACGACCAAACAUACGGGACCUUCAACUCCCUCAUUCUGUUCAAUAAUGUGGAGGUGGUAUCCACUCUACAGGGAGACAAGCCCUUCCUCUCGGACCUCUUCUCCCAGCUGCGAUCCAAAGACCCCUCCUCCCCCGCCUUUAGAGACCUGGUUCGAUUCCUACAGGAGUUUUGCUCGCUGCACAAGCACCUGCAGAUCACACAAAGAAACCAGUCCUUCAGCCCCGUUCUCCCUCUUGCUCACCGGCCGUUGACCGCUUUCCAAUGGGUUGUUCUUCUCCCUCUCCAAUUACCAUAUCAUUUCUCUUCUAUCCACUGCUGUCCUCCUCUUUUCUCUUCUAUCCACUGCUGUCCUCCUCUUUUCUCUUCUAUCCACUGCUGUCCUCCUCUUUUCUCUUCUAUCCACUGCUGUCCUCCUCUUUUCUCUUCUAUCCACUGCUGUCCUCCUCUUUUCUCUUCUAUCCACUGCUGUCCUCCUCUUUUCUCUUCUAUCCACUGCUGUCCUCCUCUUUUCUCUUCUAUCCACUGCUGUCCUCCUCUUUUCUCCCCAUAUCUCACCCUUUCUCCUGUCGCUUCCUUCGUUUCCACCACCCUCUUUCCACACUCCCCGUCACUUCACCCCUUGCCUCCCCACCUCUCUUCCCAUCACAGCACCAACAUCCUCAUGUCAGCUCUCAGUCCCGACCCUGCCCUCUUACCCUGUCUUACCACGAAUCACCGCUGUCUUUCCCAUCCGUCAACCUGUUUCCACACCCCCCCCCCUCCCCCCCCCUCCCCUCCCACUGCAGAACCGACAUGCUCAUGUCAGCUCUCAGUCCUGACCCUGCCCCCCUGCGCACCUUCCUCAACUCACUGCCCCAUGCCUCGACCUUCUCUUCUUGCCCCUUGUCCCUCCACCUGUCUCCGCCCCUGCAGCACCGACAUGCUCAUCACCGACAUGCUCAUGUCAGCUCUCAGUCCCGACCCUGCCCCCCUGCGCACCUUUCUCGUGGAGCAACCCGGCCACACACUCUUCUCCUGCCUUGUACGUCGCAAGCUCUUCUCCUGCCUUGUACGUCGCAAGCUCUUCUCCUGCCUUGUACGUCGCAAGCUCUUCUCCUGCCUUGUACGUCGCAAGCUCUUCUCCUGCCUUGUACGUCGCAAGCUCUUCUCCUGCCUUGUACGUCGCAAGCUCUUCUCCUGCCGUGUUAAGGGAAUGGUGGAGCGCAGUCAGGGGGAGGGGGGGUCUCACGUGCAGCUCUUAGAAAUAUUGCGGCAGCUGCUAGACACUGACACCAUGGACACGGCCGAAAAGAACAAGUUUCUAGACGUGUUUUAUGAGGAGUACGUGGAUGUGCUUGUAAAGGGGAUAACCACCGCUGCUGCAGCUGCUGCAGCAGUGGGAGGGGGAGGAGGAGGUAGUGGAGGAGGGGGGUUAGGAGGCGGAGUUGUGUCGCCGGCUCCUGAGGUGCUGGCGAGUAUCUGCGAUCUGCUGUGCUUCUGUGUGCUACACCACAGCUUCCGAAUGAAGUACUACGUGUUGCGCAACAACGUGGUGGAGAAGGUGCUGCGGCUGGUGCGGCGGAAGGAGAGGUACCUGGUGGUGGCGGCUGUGCGCUUCCUGCGCUCCUGCAUCAGCCUCAAGGACGACUUUUACCUGCGCUACCUGGUCAAGAACCGUCUGUUUGAGCCCGUGAUCGCAGCCUUCAGAGCCAACGGCAGCCGCUACAACCUCCUCAACUCCGCUGUGCUGGAUUUAGUCGAAUUCAUCCGCAAGGAGAAUAUCAAGUCGCUGGUGACCCAUCUAGUGGAGACAUACGGCUCCUGGUUUGACUCGGUUGACUACGUUGACUCUUUCAAGCUGCUGCGCCUCAAAUACGAACAGGUGAGGGGGGAAUGGGCGCAUGGGAGGGGAGGAAUGGGCGCAUGGGAGGGGAGGAAUGGGCGCAUGGGAGGGGAGGAAUGGGCGCAUGGGAGGGGAGGAAUGGGCGCAUGGGGGGGGAGGAAUGGGCGCAUGGGGGGGGAGGAAUGGGCGCAUGGGGGGGGAGGAAUGGGCGCAUGGGGGGGGAGGAAUGGGCGCAUGGGGCGGGAGGAAUGGGCGCAUGGGAGGGGAGGAAUGGGCGCAUGGGAGGGGAGGAAUGGGCGCAUGGGAGGGGAGGAAUGGGCGCAUGGGAGGGGAGGAAUGGGCGCAUGGGAGGGGAGGAAUGGGCGCAUGGGAGGGGAGGGAUGGGCGCAUGGGAGGGGAGGGAUGGGCGCAUGGGAGGGGAGGAAUGGGCGCAUGGGGGUGGAGGAAUGGGCGCAUGGGAGGGGAGGAAUGGGCGCAUGGGGGGGGAGGAAUGGGCGCAUGGGGGGGGAGGAAUGGGCGCAUGGGAGGGGAGGAAUGGGCGCAUGGGAGGGGAGGAAUGGGCGCAUGGGGGGGGGAGGAAUGGGCGCAUGGGGGGGGAGGAAUGGGCGCAUGGGAGGGGAGGAAUGGGCGCAUGGGAGGGGAGGAAUGGGCGCAUGGGGGGGGAGGAAUGGGCGCAUGGGAGGGGAGGAAUGGGCGCAUGGGAGGGGAGGAAUGGGCGCAUGGGAGGGGAGGAAUGGGCGCAUGGGAGGGGAGGAAUGGGCGCAUGGGAGGGGAGGAAUGGGCGCAUGGGAGGGGAGGAAUGGGCGCAUGGGAGGGGAUGGAGGGCACCAGAACCUUGAGUCGAUGCGCCCAGCAGAAGAGCCUUCUGCUCCCCAUUUCUUCACACCCCCCCUCGUCUCCUCUCCCCUCCUCCCCCUUCCUGCCUCGUCCUUCCCCUUCCCAACAGACCCUCGAGUCAAUGCGGACAGCAGAAGAGCCUUCUGCUCCACAUUUCUUCACACCCCCCCUCGUCCCCUCUCCUCUCCUCCCCCUUCCUUCCUCGUCCUUCCCCUUUCCCAACAGAACCUUGAGUCGAUGCGGCCGGCAGAAGAGCCUUCUGCUGCCCCUCCGCCCUCCCACUCAAACCUCGAGUCACUGCGGCCAGCAGAAGAGCCUUCUGCUGCAUUUCCCCUCUCCCACUUGCUUUCAACCUCGGCUUCUCUUGCCAUGCCUCACUGUUUUUCCCCUGCUCCUCCCCUUCCUCCUCCCUUUCUUUCACAACAGAACCUUGAGUCAAUGCGGCCAGCAGAAGAGCCCUCUGCUGCCCCUCCGCCCUCCCACUUGCCGCGAGCCACAGCCAUCAGUGUGCAAUCAAGCGGCGACAGUGACGAGGACGAGCCAGCAGCACAGGAGGAGGAGCACGAUGACAGCCUACCAGUGCUCGACCCGUCAGGCACACCCCCCCUUCCACGCCACAAAUCCCGCUCGCCCUCUCCACCUCGCUCCCUUGCCAACGGCAUCAUUCCACCAGAGCCUUCCAGGAAGCCUCUUCAUGGGCUCGUGGACUAUGAGGAUGAGGAUGACGAAGACCGCCCCUCUUCCUGCUCCCCUUUCCCUCCUAGCCCCCGGCCCUCCUCUGGCUCCCCAGCCUCGGGAAGAGGCUUCGAGGCUCGGGAAGAGGCUCGGGGAGAGGCUCGGGGAGAGGCUCGGAACGGCCCGAAGCGGAGCGGAACAGGAGGAGCAGGUUCGGGCGGGAAGGAUGGGUCAUUCCAAGUCGUCUCCUUCCUCCUCGCCCAAAGCCUUUUCAUCACCGAAAACGUCGCCGUCGCAAUCCCCCAGAUCAUCCCCUUCGCGAUCGCCUAG